CGUCAUAGUGUUUGUGUGUGUUUAAAACUUUAUUAUUUCCAAACGUUCAUCAUCAUCAUCAUUGUAAUCGGUCUAAUAAUUUAAUGGUGAAUUGAUUAAAGAUUCUUUUCAAAAAUCAAACAAAACAAAAUGAAAAUGAUGUGUGUUGUGUAUUGAAAAUCAAAAUGAAAAAGAAUGCCAAUUGCAAUUUUGACAAAUAAUUCUGAUCAACAAAACAACAGCAACAGCAACAACAACCUAUUGAUUCUACAGAUAAUUUGACAAUAUCGGCAAUAAAAACAAUGGCCGAAACAGCAACAGUAGCAGCAACAACAACAACAACAACAAAUAAUUCAUCAUCUCAAUCAUCAUCAAUUAAAUAUGAAAUAGCCAAUGAUAAUCGCCAUAAUAAUAAUAAUGAUCGUUCAUCAUCACCUUCAUCAAUAAAUAAUAAUAAUAAUAGUGGUAGUGGUAAUAAUAAUCAUCUAGCAACAAAUAUAUCAGCAUCAGAUGCAUAUGAUGCACAUGUUUUAUUAUCAUUACGUUCGGCACCGGCAUCACCAUCAUCAAUACAGCCAUCAGCAAAUUGGCCAUUAAUAAUGAAAAAUGAUAAUUUAGUAAGUGGUCAAAAAUUAUUACUGAAAAAUAAUAAUAAUGGACAACAACAACAACACCACCAACAACAACAACCGAGACAAAUACCAAUGGCAAAAUUAGAAGCACGUGGUUUUGAAUAUCUAAUUCGUGGUAAUCGUACAAUAAUCGGCAGAGAUAGUUCACGUGGAAAAGUCGAUGUAAAUAUGGGACAUUCGAAUUUUAUAAGUCGUAGACAUCUGGAAAUUCAUUUUGAACCACCGUCAUCAAAUUUUUUUCUUACCUGUAAAGGUAAAAAUGGUGUAUUCAUUGAUGGUGUAUUUCAACGACGUGGUUCACCACCAUAUAAACUACCUCCAACAUGUGUUUUUCGAUUUCCAUCGACCAAUAUACGGCUAGAAUUUCAAUCAUUAAUUGAAAGCAAACAUCAUCAUUAUCCGAUGGAUAAAGAUGGCUUAUCAUCAUCAGAUGAUUUAAAUCAAAAUAAAUCAAUGAUGUUGAUGGCAUCGAAUCGUAUGAAUGAUGUAAUCAAUAAUAGUAAUGGUAAUCAAUCGUCAAAAUAUUUUAGUCCAUUGAAAGUAAACAUUCCCGAGAUAGCAACAAACACAUCGAAUAAUUCAGAUUUUGUUAGUCCAAUACCAUCACCAACCGGUACAAUUAGUGCUGCAAAUUCAUGUCCAGCAAGUCCACGUUCAAAUUCGGUUCGAUUUCGAUUUGGUAAUAAUAAUUCGAAUCAUCAUUUAACAUCAUCAUCCACUAAUAAUAAUAAUCAAAAUCAAAUACAUAAACCGGAAGAAUUUCAUAAAAUGGUUGCAUAUGCUGCUGCAGCAGCAAUGUCUUGUAAAGAAGAAUCAUCGAAUAAUAAUAGUAAUCAAGAAUUGAUCAUUAGUAAUAAUAAUAAUAAUAGUAAUGAAUCACAACAACAACAACCACAAAUCAAGAAUAUUAAAGUAUUUCAAAUAACACCAUCAUUACAACAACAACAACAGCAGCAGCAGCAAUAUGCUCAACAACAUGGUACACCAAUUAUUGCAAGUAUAUCGAAUAAUUCAGCACAUCAAAGUAUCAUUAUUAAUCAUCAUACGAAUGGAUCGAAUUUUAUUAAAACACAAAAUGGUCAAGCUUUAUUGACUACUACUGGCACAACAACAUUAACGUCGUCGAAAUCGACAUCAUUGCAGAAUAAUGCAAAUGAUAAACAUCAAACUACUAUACAUACACCAUCACAAUCACCACCACAUUAUUCAAUUGAAAUUGGCAGUAAUAGUGGUAGUGGUGGUGCAGAUGAUGAUGGUAAACCACCAUAUUCAUAUGCACAAUUAAUUGUACAAGCAAUAGCAUCGGCACCGGAUAAACAAUUAACUUUGAGUGGAAUUUAUACGUUUAUAACGAAAAACUAUCCAUAUUAUCGUACAGCGGAAAAGGGCUGGCAGAAUUCCAUUCGACAUAAUCUAUCAUUGAAUCGAUAUUUUUUAAAAGUACCACGAUCACAAUCCGAACCGGGUAAAGGUUCAUUUUGGCGUAUUGAUCCAUCAUCGGAAAAUAAAUUGAUUGAACAGGCAUUUAAACGUCGGCGACAACGACCAAAUAGUGGUAUUGGUGAUCAACCUUCCGGACAAUCAUCUGGACGUGGUAAUCAUCCAUCACGAUCGGCACCAACAUCACCAUCACAUCAAGGCGGUGGUGGCCAUUAUGUAUCCGGUCUUGUAACACCAGAUUCAUUAUCACGUGAACCAAGUCCAUCACCAACACAUCAGGAAAAUAUUGAAAGUGAAAUCAUUUCUACUGGAUUUAAUGUUGGAUCAAUUGUAACGCCGGCUUAUCUAACGAUACCUAAUGCGGAUAAUUUUUUGAUUAUCAAUAAUAAUAAUAAUAAUAAUAAAAUUUAUUCAAGUCGUUCAGCACCUGGUAGUCCUGGUUCAAUAUCAGAAGAAAAUAUCAAUAAUGAACAAGUAAUCAGUCAGCAACAGCAGCAACAACAACAACUACUACCACCAUCGACAAUGGUAACGACGAUGACCAAUAAUAAUAAUGAAACAUUUCCUUUGAAUCCUCAUCAACAACAAUUGACAUUAGCUAAUGGUACCAAGGUUAUAUUGGAUCGAUCAUCAUUUUCAUCAUUGUCAUCAUCAUCAUCAUCAUCAUUGUCAACAACAUCAUCAUCCAUAACAUCAACACCAGCGACGACUACUUUUACAGUUGUUCAACAACAACCCGCAACAAUAGCAUCAUCAUCAUCAUCGGCUAAUGCAGCAGCAACAGCUGCUGCUAUUGCAUUAACAAAUUUACAGAAUAAAUUUGAAAUUCAUACCUUACAACAGCAACAGCAGCAACAACCAAAUCAACAACCAUCGCCUUCUACAACGCCUAAAAUUAUACAGCAACCUACGGUUAUUGUUCAAGCUCCAUCAAAUAAUACAAAUAAUAAUCUACCUUUAACAACAGAACAAUUGAAUUUAUCACGUGUUGUUAUUUGUCAACCACAAUCAUUAUCAUCAUUAAAUACAUCAUCAUCACUAUCAUCAUUGUCGACAACAUCAACAACGGCUGGUAUGAUGAAUAUAAUAAAACCAACAACAGCAUUGAUUACGGCCAAUGUCAAUAAUAGCAACAACAAUUCUAUCUCAAAUUCACAAUUACAUCCAUUAUCACUAACGCCAUCAUCAACAACGACGGCGACGGCCACAACAAUUCAAAUGGAACAAAAACCUACGGUAACAACAACAUCAGCAACAGCGACAUCUGUUUCAAGAUCAGCAAUUGAUUUAUUAACAAGUGCUGCUUUAGCUGUACAACAGAAUAAUGAUACAGUGGUAGGAUCAUCAUCAGAAUUAUCAUCACAGUCGUUGGAUGAUAAAAAACCUAUGCCAGUUUUUGUUGUUGUUACCUCAUCUACAUCAACACCAUCAUCAUUAUCAUCAGCAUUAACAACAGCAACAACAACAUUGACAUCUACUACCGGUAUUAAAAGAGAUUUAACCGUCAAAAUGAUGAUGAUGAUGAAACAAAUAAAAGGAUAAAACUUGAAGAAAAUGUUAUCAUUUAAAAAAAACCAUAGAACAAUGAUUGGAUUAUUUUAAUCAUUAAGAAUCAAAUUUAGCCAUCAAAAUUACCAUUCAUCAUCAUUACUAAUAUCAACAUCUCCUUUUGAAAUGCUCUGUUUAUACACAAACAUUCUGUUUUGUUAUGAUUUUUUUUUGGUUCCGUUUUCUAUUUUUUUUUUUUGGUCAUUAUCAUCAUC